GCUUUGCCCUUCUCCUGUUCUAAUGGGGGUUUAAGUACAAGCCUUUAUGGCCGAUAAUGUAGAGUAAUGGUGAAAAGUCUGAGAGAGCUGAAGUCUGGCAGACAGAUCCAUGUGUAGGCAGCAAUCUAGCAGGCACUUUGCCCUGGACCCUAUGCUUUCCUGUCAGUUUGGAGUUUCACAAGUGUCAAUUAGGAAACAUCAAUAUUUAAUAUGACCUGUAGCCCUGUAUUUGCACACAUAACCAAUUAUUUCUAUGGUACCUUGAGAAAAUACGCUCUUGGACCUGUCCCCCUCACACGCACUGGGAUGUCCUGCCAAGAGUGUAUGUCUUCUGUAAUGUUUCAAUCUAAACCUUAAAUGUGUUGUUGACUUUGCAUGUGUCACUUAUCUAUAACGAGGGGAAACCGUUUGGAUGUGUUUUAGGUCCCUUAGGGGACUGCAGGGACUUGUGGGAAGAUGACCUGAUUUCUAAUUUUCUCCUCUCCUGCCUGGGCUGAGGGCUAGUCGCUGCAACAAACAGAGAAGCCCGUGAAAGGAGUGUGUCAGUAUGAGCUGCCCUGAAUCUGUUUGGAAUACGGCCUCCCUAUUCACAUAAAGCUGGAUUUUCAUUGAUAUUUUGCAUGGACGAAGGCGUGACUUUGAUAGUCCUUCAGUAGAUUCAGGUAAGUGGAAACGCUCCUUAUAACUCACCACCUCUACAGCCUUACCUUUAGUGUGAUGUAGAUAACUUGUAUCGCAUUUGCUCUGUCUCUCGUCAUUGGUGUCCCAGCUGAUAAACACAGCGCGGGACUCGAAGAAGAGAUAGGUGCACAGUUUAAAAGAAAAUGAUAGUGUCUUGGGGUUAAAAUCCUAUCAAAUACGCCUGAAAGAAAAUAACUAGAAGCGUCCUGGUGUAUUCAUCGAAGUAACCACUGUUUUUUUCUGUGUAGUAGGCUAGCGUAUGCCCCAAAGCUGAUAAAAAACAGUCAAGAUUAAUUGAGGUAAAUGUGCGCAGUGAGACGGCGUCAUCAGAUCAGAUGGUCGGUUAUUUUAGGGCCUCAGAACAAGGUCGCUUUCCAGAUUAUCACUCAAAGGGCUUUUUCCAUCAGAGAGAGGAAGUCAGGACUACUUUGAUCAUUUUGAUUCAUUUCUUCUAGUUUGUUGAAUUUGAAACUUGUAGUAUUACUGAACUGAGAACUAUCAACCAAAUUAAAAACGAAACGAAUUGUAUUUAACACUUUUUUAUUGCUUGCUUUCAGGUAAUAUACUUAAUUGGACUUGAAUAUCACCUACAAUCAUUUCCUGUCCAUUGCCUUUUGUGUCUUUUUUAUUAUUAUGAUCAUUUUAUUUAUUAUGUAAAGAAUUGUAAAGAAAGUGCUCUCCUUUAUUUCUCUGCUCCUCUAUUCAGGUGAGCAGCCAUGGCUAACCUGCAGCAGGAAUACCCAGGGGUCCUUCUGGGCAUCCUGGAGGAACUGGCCAACAUGCGCCAAUGGCUGACUUUUCAGGAUCUCUGCCGCAUGGUCAGCACUCGCUUUGAUCUGGAGCACCUCAUCGAGCUCAGGAGUUUGUUGUUUGCUGCUGCCAGCCAGGACCCCUGUUUCCCAGCUACCCUCUUCAGGGACCGGGUUUCGACCAGAGGCCAAGGGCUUUCACCCAUAGGGGUCGCUGCUGACAUUGUAACUAUCUUCAAUCUCAUUCAGAUGACAGGUGGGGCUCAAGAUGAAAGCCAACCAAUGAGAGCACAGACAGUUCUUCCAGUCGACCAAUCCCCAGGCCCCAGUCUGCCUGGAAUCUAUCAGCUGAAUAUCACUGGUCGAGACAGAGCACGAGCCCACUCUGACUCCAGUGACAGGCCUAUCGACCAGCACUUGUUGUUUCCAAGACCAAGCUACUCAGCCCGUAAGAGAGCAAGUCUUCCCCCUGAUCCAAUUUCUCUUGUGUCUCCUCCUCCAAUCAGAGCGAGGGCUGUAUCUUUUGACUUGCCUCACACAACACUCCUGUACCCUAGUGGUCAAAUCCCUAACGAAGUAAUGAAGAAUAUCUACCUGCCUCUAGAAACAGACAGUGAGUCAAGUGGAGAUUCUGCACCCAUGGAGGUGUUUGAAGAUGAACAAGGAUCAUCUGUCGACCAGAAGAGAAACAUCUUCAGGAAGGACUUCCAUAACCAACCACCUCUGAUACCCCAGGUGACUGUUAGCAGUGAGUCUCCAAGUCCCAAUAAGGCGAAAGGAUUUGAUAAUCACAGCUUUGAAGCAAUCCCAAAUCCGUACCCGUCACCUACGGUAAUCCAACAAACACCAGAGCAGCGGGCUAAACAUGAGAGCCUUGAUGACCUACAGGACUCAACUUACUUUGGACCUGGGUCAAUCCCAGAGUGGUCCCCUCGACACCUUCAACCUCCCAGAACCAAGAAGGCCAUUUGGAGCAACAAGAGUCACAGCCUUGAGGACCGGAUAGGCUCAGGCAGUGUUGGAAUGGGAAUGGAGUCGCAAGGGGGGCAACUUCCAAGGCGAUCAACCCCAGCGAUCAGCAAUUUGCGGGGGUUGUCAAUGGGUGAGACUUUGGAUAGUGAAUUUCCAAGAGCAAGUGACGGGGUCAAGGCUAAGGGAACCCAGACAGACCCACCAGAUACCCGGCGACUUCGCAGCCUGGUCCAUGCAGAUCGCCUCUCUUUCAUGACCUCAUUAGAUGACCCUGAGUUUGGUGAGGAUGACAUCAGUGCCAUCUUUCGCUUUUUAGACGAUAUAAGUAUGUGUGGCUCCACGGGGGUCCUGCACCCCAGUGACGGCUCAGCAGCUAUUAAUCAGGACACUCCUGAGGCCAGGCGUGGACGCCUGGGUCAACUCCAAAGACUCUUUCACUCACUAGAAAGCAGUGACGAUGGACUCAAAGCCAGUGUCUGUAAGCUGCUGCUCCGUAUGAGCCAGAUUGAAAGACAGCUGGAGUCCCUGAAUGAUGUAAAGGCUGAGAUCUCUCAGGUGCUGUCCGCUCUGCAGCGACUAGAUGACAAGAUCCAGCAGCCGCUUAAUGCUGGCGGACAGAAUACUGGUGGGCGAUGGCUGGAGCCUCUCAGUGGUGUUUCCUCUUUUAUGAGUCACCCACUUACCCCCUCAGAGUCGUCAGAGCCCCAGCCGCUGUCUGCUUCUGGGCAUUUAUUUCCAGCAACUAGCACUAGUAGUCUUGACUGGAGCCGGUGGAACACUCCCGCAGAGCAAACAGAAAGCAGCAAGGCUCAGGUUGAUUCAAAGGGGAGGAAAGAAGGAAAGAAGGAUGCAUCAUCACGUCGUGCCUCCAAAACCCAGCCUGAAGAGAAGAGUGUGUCUGAAUCCAAACAGCUGCAUGUUACCAAUUCUGCAAGAGACUGGACGGUAUCAUUCUCAAAGAGUAAAGAUGGCAAACCCUUACAUGGACAGGUAGAGUAAUUAUGCUGUUUCUCUUUUUAGUCUGUGAUGCAGGAAAAUAGUUUUCUUGAUGAGGGGCAAUAUUUCUCACCAGUAAUCAUCAGUCCUUAAACAAAUUUACCUGAAACUCAUUUGGAAGGCAAUAUCUAAGUCCUUGCAUUACAUAAAUUUCCAUGCUUUGGAAGCUCAAACUAUGCAGCCGCUCUGUGGUUGGCUGGGUAGACAUAUCAAUUAUGUGGUUGACAAGCUAAUCAGGCCAAUUUGUGGAGUAAUGCUUUAAUUAAACCCUCUCUAGUCAGGGUUUCAAAGAAACACAGCUCAUCCAUUAAAAUCCCAAUGGUAGAAGGUUAUUUUUUUAUUGAUGCAACUACUAAUAAAUGCCUUGCUUGAUCUGACAACAUUUUUAAGGUCAGCUACUUUCAUUAAUACAGUUCAUCAUAGAUUACAUUUAUUUCUUUCUCUUUUCUCCUAGGCAGAUCAGUCAAGCAGCACAACAAACCUACUCGCCAAAAAGUCCUCCAACCUAGUGGAACAAGUAUUCAAUUCAUCCUUGUUCCGCCAAAAAGACAGCAGCCUGACAGGUGGGCUGACCUCUGGAAAGAUCAUAGACCCCAGACUGGCUGAGGGGAGGGGAAGACCCAUUUGGACUGUAGAUGACAGGGAGGCACGAAUCUCCCCUCUGGACUUACAGGUAAGAUUUUCUCACACUUAGUAUGAGUGUUUCAUAAAUACUUUAUCACGCUUUGGUUCGUGUUCUAUCUUUUGUAUAAAGUCAGGGGUUACGCGAGUACUUAACAUUUCACUUAAAAUCUUAAUCUUGCCCAGGUUCAAUUUUAUAUGAGGCUGUAUAGGCUUUAAAAAUCUUGAUCAUGUUCCUCAGGGACAGGAGUCUCUGAACCCCAACAACAUGGAGUUCUGGAUGGACGACAUCUAUACACCAGGCUAUGACGGUCUGCUGAGGCGUAAGGAGGCUGACCUCCGCCGGGCAAAAUACUGCAAGCUGAUAGCACUCAUUGCUAUUGUAGUGAUCAUCAUUCUCAUAAUCGUCAUUCCUGUUUGCACCAUGGCAACAUGAGAACCCAUACAGUGAGCCUAGUUUUUUUUUUUCUUUUUUUUGCCUGUUUUCAUUUUAUAUUGUGAACUGUCAGUAAUCAGCAGCUGUGCUGUACCCAGGAGCUUGAGUAGAUGAGCAACUAAAAUAUUUGGCCCAGUAAAACUGGACGUUAGAGUAAACAAAGGGACUCAAAGCUACUUAAAAUUACAUUCUCUUUCUGAAUCAAAUGAAAUUGUGAGUAGUAUUUAAUGCAGUUGUAUCUUUUAUUUCCCAUCCUUUAUUUUAUGUCACAGAUGUUUUUAAACCAUUUAAAAUUAUAUCUGCAGAGUUAUGCUGUUACUAUUAAGUAAUACUGAGCCAAUACAAAAGUGUCAACUUCCCUUCUUUUCAUUUUGUCUGCUCUUUUCCGGAGAAAAAUCACUUUAUCAUAUUCUUUUUUUAAUCAUCUGCUGCCUGAAGCACUGCCUGUUUGACUCUUGCUGACUUCUUAGUGAUUCUUUUCAAACAAAACAGAGCUUUUUACACAUCAGUGUAAGGUAAUCCUUUUACUAGUCCAUAAUUGUUUCACUAAAAACAUUUUAUAACUACAAUAGAAAUGGAUUCUGUGAAUAGGAGAGAUAACAUACUGGCCCAA